AUGGGUUUGUCAAGGUUUGAUCCAGAAAUCGAAGGUUGUCAGAGAAUAUGUGAUCUGCCCGACGAUUUGCUAUUGCGGAUCUUACUCCUCCUCCCGGCAAAAGAUGCAGUGGCCACUGAGAUCUUGUCUAAACGAUGGCGUUACGUCUGGAAGAUGCUGCAUAAAAUCGCCUUCAUAGAAAACCAAGACAGCGAGAGCUUUGGUCGGUUUAUUGACAAGUCACUGCAACUCCACAAGGCACCGAAGCUAGUAAACCUGGUUGUCGAAGUGGGUCCACGAUGUCCUGUUGACGUAGAUGUCAGAAAGUUGGCUGACAAGGCAGUUAACAAGGGUGUGAAAACGUUAGUUUUCAAGCUCCUCUGGACAGGAGAGCCCACAAGCUUCCCUAAGAGCCUUUACACAUGCGACACGCUCGUUUAUUUAUCUCUAUCAAACCAGAUUCUCGUGGAUGUUUCUUUCCCGGCUAGCCUACCAUCUCUCUCAUAUCUGGCUCUUUCCAAAGUGGUUUACAAAGACGAAGACUCUCUUGCUAGGCUUUUAUCAAGCUCCCCUGUCCUCCACGAACUGGUGGUUGAACGACAUAAAACUUUUGGUUGA